CUGCUGGAGUUUCGGAAAUACAAAAAAUAUUUAAAACAACAAAGCUGCGAGCAAUUAAGAAUCAUCCAAAACACCAAAACGAGCAGAGCUUUUGAACUCGCUAACCUUGUCCAGACCACACAACCACAACAAAAACCAAAACCAUCCCCACCCACCCUUGUAAUUGCAUAUCACAGUAUCACUGAGAAACUUUUCAACCAUAGGCCUAUCCGAGACAGCCAUCAUGGACGUAAUGUCAUCAUCUCUACAACAGCAACGCAUUGUCGUUGAUCAGCUGCGUCGCGAGGCGUCCAUGGAGCGCCAGACCAUUUCGGAGUCAUGCGCCAAAAUGAUGAAGUACAUCACGGAGCACGAGCAGGAGGAUUACCUUUUGACUGGAUUCACCAGCCAGAAGGUCAAUCCAUUCCGUGAAAAGUCCUCGUGCACCGUUCUUUAAGGAGGAGUUUGGAGUUUGCGAUGUUCUGCAUUAAUAUGCAGAUCUUAUAGUUUACUUUUAGUUUAGCAAUGAUGGAUUCUAAAUAUGUAUAUGUGUAAUAAUGACACCAGUACCAGUCAACGCCACCUGGAUCAAUAUAUAUCUCAAUAUAACUCUUUGUGCAAAAACUAUAAUAACAGCAAGCAAAGCAAAUUGUCUCAAGCAAUAUAUGUAGUUGCGAUUGCUAUGAAUAUAUAACGAUAUAUCAAUAUGUACCACUCACGUUAACAGGUGUAUAAGGUUUACCAAGCCCACAGAAAGAUUCCAAAUUCAUAAUCGAAGCAUUUGUCCCAAAGAUAUAUCAGAGUUGUCUCUAUCCGAAUGGUAGUACUCGCGAGUAUCCCAACAAUUACGAAAAUCAAUGCGCUGACUACGGCAUCUACUACCACUACUACUACUACAACAACUUCUACUACAACAACUACCUAAACUACAAGUAUAAACCGAAACACACACAUAUAUACCUUAUUAUCAACAAGAAUAAUCCGACAUACAAAUUUAUCAAUAAACGUAAACCCAACAGAAGAUACAUAUAUUUUGGCUUCUUAUUUCGAGAAAUAUCUGUUAUAUUUAUUGAAUAUUGAUAUUGAUAAAUGACAACAAUGGAAUCGAAGAGAAUAUCGUUGUAUUUUGAAAGAAAAAGAGAGCCGCGCAGCUCGUUGACCACCAAUUGCAAUGGAUGGAUCAUGGAAACUACUAAAAUGAAAACAAAACAAGCAAAAAUGCAAAAUAUACGCAAAUAUAUUAUCGAAUUACUUUAAAGGCUUUAAAAAUGAGCAGAAAUGCAACAAUGAAACCCACAAGCUAGUUGAACUUAUCGCAAACUUUAGUGCGUUUAUUAUCAAGUUUUUCUUAGUCCAAAUAUAUUACGAACUGCGGUAGUAGCGCAGCAAGCACAUAUAAUACCAAAGAAUGGAACAAAUCCAAUAUUUAACUCUCUCUCUAUAGCGUAGUUUAUCCAUUUUGAUUCACACAAUAUGCCAAUAUCCAAUGAAAAUUAAUGAUUUGUAAUUUGCAUUUUAGAACAAUAAUUCAUUUCAGUUAAACCAGGCAAAAGUCCGUAAAUUUUCUGCACUUUUCCGAUUAUGUGACAAAGAAUGUGUGAUUUUUGUUUCCAAAAUACUCUGUGAAAAUAUCUUUAACUGUUGACACUCUUAUUGUUUCCUACAGACAUCACAAACACAUCCAUUCAUGGUCAUUGAAAUGAGUUACGGGCAAUAUACUAAAAUGUAAUUAGCAUGAAACGCAAAGUAAUAACAGGAGAAAAGCUAUUUUUAUACACUCUAACGUGGCAAUGGGCAUAUUUGUAUGGUAUUGGAAUGAAUAGAAAUGUGAUUUCAGUUAGCGAAGAAGGCACGCUUAUCAUACAUCAAUCAUAAUACCCCCCCACUCGUACAUGUUAAAUACAAAAACAAGAUAUGUUUAUGUCGAUUUUCAUUGUGACAAUUGUGUCAGCCUCCGGCCAGAGAAGACAAGUUGUGAUGAUGAAAAUGAUGCAACUAUAUAAUUUAAUCGGUCGGUUCUUCCAGUGUUGCAUUUAAAUAGUUAUAAAUUGGCGGUAACUUUAGUUGAUAAUGAAAAAUCGUAGAGCAGAGUUAACAUAGGAAUCACACAUUUUUGCAGAGGCGUUUCGUUUGAGAACUUUGUCCGAGAUUUUGAGCCACAGUUUGCUGUCGUGAGCAAACAGCAAAAUGUGGCACAAAAUUAACAUUCGGAUGGAUUUUUGAGAAUUUUGAGUUUGGUGGCCUCCAGAUCAAAACUGCAGUUGGUUUAGAAGCCCACACAUACUUUCCGACAUUUAGCAGAACAAUUUUCGAUUUGCCAAACACUUUUUUGCAUUCAAAUAUUUAUUCUUUCGAUAGAUACUUUCGUUUGUUAGGGCUAGCCAGCUGGGGGUUUGCUGCGGCGAUUGGGCGAACGAACCAUCCAAUGGAGCACGGAUGGAUUCGGGCCCAAUCCGUUCGCUACGGGCAGACCCCGCGUGCAAUUGUUACCACUAUUAAUAUGAAAAGGUAACCACAAAAAAUAACAAAUCACCAGCACUCAAAUUCAUGUACAUCGAGACCAGAUAUCACAAGAGAUUUAACAAGUUUUAUUCACUUCAAUUGAAAAGCGACAACGAGAUCGUAUUUUAUUC